UGGAAGAUCUGAAGACGGAUCUGGAGGUCAGACUGAGUGCCAGUGAGGAACGGCUGGAAGAUUUGAAAGCACAAAACACAGUUCAGUCUGUUCAACUUUCCUUGAUAAGUUCCAGUCUGACAGACAGUCACAACAACAGUACAGCUUUGGAGGUCAAACUGAGGUCCACGGAAACACAGCUGCAGCAGAAAACUGCAGCUCUGGAGGUCAGACUGGAUGUCAGGUGAGGAACAGCUGGAAGAUCUGAAGACAGAAAACACAGUUCAGUCUGUUCAACUUUCCUUAAUGGAUUCCAGAAUGACAGACAUCUAUACCAACACCACAGAGUUGGGGUUCAGAAUGGAUGUCAGUGAGAAACAGCUGGAAGAUCGGAAGACAGAAAACACAGUUCACUAUGGUCAACUUUUCUACAUAAAGAACAAACUGAUAGACAACCACUACAAGAAUACAGCUCUGGAGGGGAGACUGAGAUCCACUGAGACAAAGCUGCAGCAGCUGGAAGACCACACUGCAGCCGAGCUGUCAGAUAUCCAACUGAGGCUGAACGUCACUGAGGAGCAGGUCGAGAAGCUGAGGACACAAAACACAGACAGACUGUCAGCGGCUGCAAUGGAGGCUGAGGCUCACAGCUUUGACCUAUCUGCUCUGAGAAAUGAAACUAAAGUUUUAGAAACACGACUAAGUGAGGCUGACCGUCUGAUGGUGAAGCUACAGGCUGAAAGUUCAGUUCGGUCCGUUCAACUCUCCAUGGUGGAGUCCAGAGUGAUGGAGACACACAACGACACCUCAGAGCUGGAGGUCAGACUGGGUGUCAGUGAGAAACAGCUGGAAGAUCUGAACACAGAGUUGGAGGUCAGACUGAGCGUCAACGAGAAACUGCUGGAAGAUCUGAAGACAGAAAACACAGGUUUGAGUUUCAGACUGAAUGAAACUGAUGACAGUCUACAUCAGCUCAGAAACACCAACUCAGGUGAGCUGAAGGUGGCGUUUUCAGCCGGUUUGACUGAUUCAGGAUCAGUCGGACCUUUCAACGAGGAGAGGACGCUGAUCUUCUCCAAAACCAUCACCAACAUCGGCCAGGCCUACAACCAGACUGCAGGUGUGUUCACAGCUCCGGUCGGAGGGCUUUACUUCUUCAGCUUCACGGCUGCAGAUUACCUGAAGGGUUACAUGGGUCUCUACCUGUACAAGAACAACCGGCCAAUCAUCUUCAACCUGGAGCUGAACGACCACGGUGGCUACGCUUCAACGUCCAACGGCGUCGCUCUGCAGCUGGACCGAGGCGACGUAGUCCGCCUCAGUCUACCGGCGAGCUACCGGCUCUACGACGACUCCCGAAACUUCAGCGUCUUCUCCGGCUUCCUGCUGUUCCCCCUCUGACAGAACAGACCCAGGAUCAGGGUAGGAGGGAGACAUCUUCUCAGGAAUAAACUAUCCGUUCAGGUACUUCACUGGAGCUGAAAGACUGGACUUUUAUUUUGG